AUGAAUAAACCAACGGAUACCAGAUUUAUCAUCUGUAAUAUUGUAUCUGGAAACUAUCGUGGAGCAUUCGGAGUCACUGCUGGAAAUGAUGGAAAUUGUGAGCUGAGAACGCAGAUGGAGUUGGAUAGGGAGACUGUUGAGAGAUACCUCCUAAAUGUGACCGUAACCGCUGGAACUCAAACUGAUUAUGCACUUGUCUCGAUUACUGUACUGGAUGUGAAUGACAAUGUGCCUAGAUUUGUUUAUGAUUCGGAUCUCGGAUUGACCACUUACUUCGGAGCAGUUUCCUCGGUGGCCAAUGCGUUCACAAAGGUGCUCACAGUGAAGGCUGAAGACGCAGAUCUUGGAAACAGUAGUCUCGUGAACUAUGCAUUGGAUCCACUCUCCGCCCAUUCCAAAUACUUUUCCAUUUCUCCAUUCGGUGAAAUCAGUACGAAACAGAGCAUGUCAACGAUUUUAAGCAGAAAUCGACUUCAAUUUUUCGAGUUUAGAGUAUCCGCUUGUGACUCACCAAUAUCCGGUCAACAGUUGUGCUCAAAGGCAGAUGUUGUUGUGAAUGUAAUCGGGUCGACCAAUAGAUUUAAGAUGAUUAUCUAUGGAUUGAACCCACAACAGUUGAAGAAACAUGAAAAGGAUCUGGUGAAAUCGAUUAGGCAAUUCACUGGAAGCUGUAAUUUAUUGACGAUUGAAAAGAUGAUUGAGCACACUGCCAUUGAAAAUCAGAUCCGAACGGACAUCUACUGGUACGCAGUGAACCCCACAACAAAGAAGAUUUGCAAGAAACAGGACAUUCGAAAGUUGUUCGAGACGUCGAAUGUUCAAUUGAUUGCUGGAAAAGUGCAGCCAUGGUUCAGACUGGAAAGAAUUUCAGAGGAUGCCGGAGAGGAAGGAAAUAUGUCGAAUGGAGGGAUUCUGUCAACCAACUGGAAGACAUCCAACAUUCUUUUGAUCAUCCUCGCUGUCACCGUUGCUCUCGGAGCUAUAAUUGGAAUCUGUGCCAUUUGUGUCUUCUGGAAUCGAUACAAGACAGCGCAACGGAAUGCAUCCAACUUCUCCCACUCAUAUCCUCAGAAGUUGGGUCCAAUCUAUCAUCCAACAAUGGGAAUGGAUCCACGAACAGAGUAUGAUUAUGAGACACAAAAUGUGAAUAUGUUGAUUUCUGAUGAGGAUUUGACAAUGAAGAGUGGAUCGAUUGGAGUGCCAGCACAUCAGAGAAUGGGUGGUGGAGGGCCACAGUUUGGAGGUCCUGGAUUCGGAGGACCUGGGGGACCACAGAUGAAUGGAGGAGGGGGUGGAGGAGGAGGAAAUCAGAGUUAUAGAACUUAUGGAUAUAGGCCUGCACAGAGUACGGCUUACGAAGGAGAUUUUAGCAUAGAAGAAUCGAUGUACGCAAUUAAUCCAUCAGGACGACUGGAUCCGGUUACGAAACGUAUACAGGCAAUCGUGAUUCCAACACCCGACUAUCAUCAGCGUACUCAUCCGAAUCAACACAAAAGUAUACUGUAA